AUGGCAGAGGAUCAGGUUCUUCGGGGCACCAAGAGGAAACACCCCGCUGACGGUACCGAGGCUUCCUGCAAUGAACCCUACUCUUCUGCGGUCCGCAAAAUCGACCAGGAACGCUGUCAUUACGAGGAUCCCGGUCUAACAAACGGAAACUACUGUACUGGGCAGCAGCAUAGCUCCGAAUACACCAAAGGUCAACAUAUGCAGUUGCUGUCGCAUACCCAUGGGGACCCUAUACCAGACUCCUUGAACUCGGGAAGGCAGAGGGAUAAAUCCCUAACAAAGGAAGAAGAUACAGAGGUCUGCUUUGGAUCUAUCUGUGAUAUCCAUGCGCGAUUCAUCGAUACCCCCCCUUCAGAUUGCAACUAUCUUUCUGCAAAUGCACUCGAGAGCGACGAGGAGAAGCUCGAGGUUCUUCUGGGUUCUGAGUAUUGUGUGAUAUGCUCCCCAUUGAGGGAUGGUAUUAUUGGCUUCAUCAACUUGGGGGUUUCCAACACCUUGAAACGAUUAUUUGAAAUUGAAGGAACCAGACUGGAAACUUCUCUCUCUCUUUCGGAGUGGAAGUCAGGGACACAGCGCCACUCAUCCAUCGCCUGGGAAACAAAUGUCGAGAUCGCAAUUUUUGGGGCACGGAAGAAUGCUUUUCUUGUUGGUGAUUGCUUAUCCUCUGGAACUCUGUUCCUCCAAGAUCCAAAAAUUUCUUGCGAUCUGCAAUACGAGAAUCCCCAUAGGUUUCCUUUCGUCGGUGAUUUCAAAGACGAUUCUGACGACGAAUCAUCUGAAGUUGACGACAAUGACACCCUUUCGAUCAACAAACUGGUACCUGCUUCCGCCAAAAUCUCUACAAAACGUUUGGAACAUAUCCUGGAUACCUUGCAUGAGCACGACUACCUCCAGGAAGUUCAACCUGACAAGAAUCUGAAUAUAUCCCUUUUCCCUCACCAAAAGGAAGCCAUUGAUUUUAUGAUACGCCGAGAAACUGGCCGAUCAACCUCUUCUAUAUCCCUCUGGAAUAUCCAAAAGGAUAAGAACGGCAACCCACAUCAUUAUCAUGCAAUUACAGGUGACUCCACUACUGAGCUUUCAGUUGGACCGUUGGGUGGUAUCCUUGCGGACACGAUGGGCCUUGGAAAAACAGUGACAACCUUAUCAACCAUCCUUAGCACCCUUGAUCACUCGGAAGAAUGGGUCAAGAAAAGAACUAACUCUCAAGUAUCUGGGACAAAAGGCGCAAAGGCCACACUGAUUGUUGUUCCAAAUGAAGCGUUGAUGGAGCAGUGGCUCGAUGAGAUCCGCAGCAAAUUUAUACCCGGAACAUUCGACCACUGCAAAUAUCACGGUUCAUCGCGCAAAGCCUCCAUACGCACUUUCGAGGAAUUCGAUAUUGUCUUGACAACAUACGGAACUAUCAGUACGGAGUUUGCUGAGAGAGAAAGCCCGAUCUACCAAACGGACUUCUUCCGCAUUGUUCUAGAUGAAGCCCACAACAUAAAAUCGCGGUCCACGAGGAUCCAUGAAGCGGCGUGUAAUAUUUCGGCAGACAGGCGCUGGUGCCUUACUGGAACCCCAAUACAGAACGAUCUCGAUGAUCUCGGCGCCCUCGUUUCUUUUCUUCGUGUCCCAUUACUUGAGGAUCGAGGUGUUUUCAGGAAACACGUCAUCAAUCAAGCCUACAAUACUGGCACCGAUCCCUUUGAAAACCUUCGCUUAUUGCUUGGCUGUAUAUGUCUUCGUCGAACUAUGAGUCUUGGUAUGCUUGUGGAACCAACGAUCAACAAUUUAAAGUUGGACUUGGCUCCAGAAGAGAGGGAAGCAUACAUUAACAUAUUGGACUAUCACAAUAGACUCAUUGAUGUCUCAGUCAGCAAAGGGGGCUCCGUGGGUGCGUUCCAAACAGUUCUGCAGCUGCGAAUAUUCUGCAAUAACGGGCUCUACAGAAAGAAGGACAUCCGAGCCUCCCCUACCGAUCUCCUUACUUCUGAAGAGUACUUGAAUUUUUGGCAGGGAAACCAUGAAUCUCAGUGUCCUGGUACUGACAGUGAAGCUCUAGCUCUUGGCUCAUACAAACUCUCUGACUCUAAAUCUUCCCCUGAAACUUCUAAUUCGAUCAGCGAACCUUGCAGAAUACCCAUACAAAACAAUAAUACGCUGGAUCUGGCAGAGAUAGAAGGUCCUGCCUCGGAGCUAUUGAACACUCCUAAUCUAUUCCGGGAAUCGCUGACCCCGGACUACUUAUCUUUAGUCGAUCAAUCUCCGCAAACUCUCGAAGGGACGUUCUCAACCAAACAUCGUGCCAUUUUGAAGACUAUCCUUGGCCAUAUUCCCCGAGAAAAAGGAAUUGUCUUCUCAGCCUGGACCAAGAGCCUCGACAUCAUGGCAGAGCUGUUACGCCACCACGACAUUGCCUUCGCCCGAGUAGACGGUUCCAUGUCGUUUUCGCAGCGUCAGCAAGCAUUUCAAAGCUUCAAGACAAGCAGCGACGUGAAUAUACUUCUGAUGACCAUUGGCACCGGUGCGGUUGGACUGAAUCUCUCCAUCGCCACACGGGUGCAUAUUAUGGAACCAUCGUGGAAUCCGAUGGUCGAGCAGCAAGCAAUUGGUCGCGUUGUUCGUCUCGGACAAAAGCGACCGGUGGUGAUUACUCGGUAUAUUAUGAGAGAUACCGUUGAAGAGAGUGUAGUAUCUCGCCAAGAUUUGAAGCUCGACGUCGCUAUGGGCGGUUUUGAGGGGGCCUCUUGUGAGGCAGCUGGUCAUGAUGUAUGA